AUGCGUAUGUAUCUACAUGAUUUGCUUGUUGAAAGAUCUAGUUAUGCUUUAAAAGAUGAAAACCCUAAGUAUUAAGCUAUUCUAAGUUAAGAUUCCCUUCAAUAAACGAAGAUAUAAAGGUUGUUUGUUUGGUUCGUAAAAGGCGUUCUCAUGAGGAGGAGAAAUUGCAUUUAGAAUAGGUAUUCGUUUGAUUAUAAAAAUGAUAAGAAAUUACUUUCUAAGAUUUGUAUCAUUGAUUAAGAUGAUAUCUUCGAUAAAUUUUGCUUACAAGGGUCAUUAGAAGAAAUUAUAAACUUGUUAAUUGAAUGUUCCAACGGAUUAGCAUUUUCUUCUUAGCCAAAGGUGACACUAAACACAAUAGCCAAAUAAUAUAUUGUUAACGAUGCUAUUUGGUUUAAUCCUAAAACAUUUUAGACAUGUGCUGGUUGGGUAAUAAAUGAGUUUGAAAAAGCCAUAGCUUUGAUGUAAGAUUUAUUAGCAAUUUAGAUUUUAUUAAAGUCAACAAGGGAAUUAAAUGGAUAACUAUCCAAUUUAAAACGACGAUCUUAAAACAUUUUGGAUGAACAAUGUUGAUUUUAAAUGUAAAAUCCUUCAUUAAAUACCUUAAAUAUGCAAAGAAUUUAAGAAUGCUCCUAAAAAGAAAAAUACAAAAUAGGAAGAUAUAUUAUGGGCAUAAUUAAUAAUGAGAAAACCAUAGUUGCAAGAGGAGGGAUAAAAUGAUAAAAAUACUCUCAUUUUAUAAUAAUAAUAAUAAAUAAACGAAGAAGAAAUUAAUUAAUUAUUUGAAAAUAACAAUUUUGAUGGUAUUUACUGUCUACCUUUAGAAAAAUUUGCCCUGCUUCAAUCCUUUUGUGAAAAAAGAAUUUUACGAAUGGUAAGGGAUUAAUUUAAAGAGAAGUUGGUAAAAGAUCUUUAAGAAAUAGAGUGUAAGGAAAAAAAGAAAGGCAUAGAUUAAAAAAAGAAAUCUAAAAAGCAGAAAAAGUAAAAAAAUAAAAACGAAAAGGAUUCUUAACAAAAUCUGAUAUCUAAAGAUAAUUGUAAUAGUUUUGAAAUGAUUGAUAAAUAAGAUUCAACUUAAGAUGAUGUUCAUUGUACUGAAUGUGAAUGCAUUAGACAUUCAAAGUAUGAUAUAUUUUAACUUUAAGUCCUUACUCAGAUAAUAAACAAUUUGAUUCUUUAACGGCUCAUCUAGAUAAAUAAGAUACUAAUUAAAUUGUGCCAUCCAAAAUAACAGAAAUCAUUUAAGAUGUGGAUCUCAACCAAAAUGAAUAAAAUGCAUAAAAUGAUGAUGAAGAUAAUUGGGUUCUCAUAACAGGGCCAAAAAAACAAAAAAAGAAACCCUAAAGAAAAUUUGCUAGUUCUUAAGAUCUCCAAAUCGAAGAGUCUAAAUAAUUUAAUUAAUCUAACAAAAUUAUAUCAACUUAAAAGCAAAAAUCGAUAUAAACUAACCAGUUUAAUCAUUAACAAAUUGAUACAUAAGUUUUAAGUAAAGAUAAGCAGUCCUUUUCUAAUAGAAAUAGUUUAUAAUAAAUUACGUAGAAUAAAUUUUCUUAAUAAACUUUGACUCCUCAAAAAAAUGAGUCAAAAUCUUCAGAAUCAGUGAUUUUAGAUAUUAAAAAAUAAAAUAAAUCUUUAGAUAAUCCAAUUAUGCAUAGAGUAGAUGACAAUAUUUUAAUUAAGCCACUAUAACAAAUAAUCAAAAUAUAGGAGCUAAGUCUUUGUUUAGAUGAAUCAGUGUUAGAUAGUUGUGAUUAAGAUAAUAAUCAAACUUAGUAUAAAGAACUUUAUUAAACUAACAAUAUUGAAGAUAUCGAUACAAUUAUUAUGAAUUAAGCUAGAACAUUGAUGAUAAAGAAACUUGAUAUGGAUAUCAGAGAGUUUAAUGAUUUAAUUUUAAAUUAAAAUUAGGAAAUACUUUAAAUGAGAAGGUUAAUAUAUGAUAGAAUAUAAUUUGUAAUUAAUUCACUUUUUAGAGGUUAGAUAAUUAUAUAUAUAAAAAUAGAAUACAAUGCUACUGUCCGUCUAUUUGGAUCCUGUGCUACUGGCUUAGCCCUUCCUGAAAGCGACAUUGAUAUUGGAGUCACAGGAUUUGAAUUACUUCCAUCAAAUCAAUUAAAUGGACCUAUCUAAAAGAUUAUAGAAUUUUUAUAAAACAUGAAAUGGGUCAAAAAUAUAAGGUAUCAUUAAAUCUGAAAUCCUAAGGGCUAUCACUACUUCAAAUAUGCCUUUGAUUAAACUUCAAGUUGAUCCAACAAUCUCCUUUGUAGAUUCCUCUCAUAAAAUCCUAUUACCUUAAAUUGAUUUAAUUCCAAAGUAUUAAAUAGAAUUAUUUUAUAGUUAUGAUAAAGAUAGUCCUUCACGUAUAUUUAGCGUAGAUAUAAGCUUUUUUUAAUAUCAAGGAUCAAAAUAAAAUUGGCAUCUAGGGUAAAUCUCAACAGAAUAAACUCUAUAAUGGUUGUCAUUUUAUAGCGAAUUAAGGCCAAUCGUGUUGCUAUUCAAAAGUUUAUUAAAAAAGAGAGGAUUAAAUGAUUAGUACAAAGGAGGAAUUUCUUCGUUCUGCAUAAUUUAAAUGGUCUUAGCAUUUUUGGAGAGUUGCUAUCAUUAAAAUUAAGCCUCCUCUAUUGGAUUUACUACUUAUAAAUUCUUAUAAUUUUAUGGAAUGUAAUUUGACACCACAAAAACAGGGAUCAAUUAUAAAGGGAUUAAUUAAUAGUAAAGAUCUAACUUAAUCUAGUCCUUUUUUCGAAUUGGAUGAAGAAGAUAAUUAAUUAUAAAUUACUAUAGUCUCUCCAAUCACAAAUGAAGUAAUCAGUCAAGCUAGUUCAUUCGUUUAAACUAUAUUACAAGAUAUAAGAACUCUCUUUUUGGCAGCAGAAAAUGAAGUGACCUUCUUUUAUGAAAAGUUAAAAUAUAAUAAAAAGAAGAAAGGGAAAAAGGAAGAAAGAAAUUUAUUCCAAAAAGAACUUAAUAAAUUUGGUCCUCUUUUCAGUAUUUCAACAUAUAAUAAAGCUUGA